UCUUUUCUCCGUCCUUCAAACCUUCUCCCUCUCUCUUCCGCCUCUCCCCCCAGACCCUAGCAGCCGCGGCGGCCGGGGCCAGCAGCCAGCAGCGCCGCGCCUCCCCCUCCCCGGCGCGCCUCCCCCUCCACGCCUCUCCGCCUCCAGGCUCCGGACCCACCUCCUUCUGCCCCCUCCCUGCCUCCCAUACCUCCGGCGAGCCGCCGCCGCCGCUCAAAGGGGCCGCCGGGAUCCUACCAGUCCGUCGCGGUGACCCGCUGAUUGCUUCCGGGAUGGCGACCUCGACGCUGCUGCGUGCUCUGAGGCGGCCCUCGUCGGUGGCCGCGCUGCGAUUGGCAACGACUGCCAAUGUGCAAGCCGUUACUGGAUAUAGGCAUCUGAAUAAUCGGAAUCUAAGUGUGUUCAACGAGUUCUCAAAGCAGCUGAAGGGUGAGGCUAAGAGUAAUCCUGAAUUCCAGAAAUCCAUGAAGGAGUUCAGUGAGAAACUUGGUGUGGUAAAGGAAGAUCUCAAAGUAAGAACUCAGAAAACAGCCGAGACAAUUUCCAAGAGUGUUGAAGAUGUUAUGACUGAAGCUGAGGCAACAUCCAAAAAGGUUACUGCAAAUGUUAAAGAAAAAAUGUCUGCUGCUACAGAAGAGGUGAAGGAAAGCUUUGGACUAGGAAAGGAAGGAACUUCAAGCUUCAGAGAUGGUUCACAUGGAACUUCAAAUCACGGGAAAACUGAGGCGUCCUCACACUCAGAUGACAAGUCCCAAGAUGCCACAAGUGCCUAUAUGUUGUUUGAUAAAUUAAGGUCAACAUUUUCAUCAGCUUCACCAGUUGUGUCUGGUGCAUUUGCAAAAUUGAAGGACACAAGAGUCUCAACUUUAGCUAAGCAGGGAUAUGAAAUUGUCAAAGAUGAACUAAGCUCUAGCUCUAGCAGAAAAAAGAAAAACCAUAUUAGGCAAGCUUAUUCUGCAGCUGUAGAGAAGAGUACAAGAACUGAUAUAGUUAUUGUACCAACAAAGAAGUCAGUGGUGGGUGAAAAAUGGGAAGCAAUCAAGAAUAAGAUGCGAGGUCAUCCAGUCUAUAAGAGGGUGAAUGAGUACACCAAACCUGUCGUAACAAAGGUGAACGAGUACACCAAACCUGUUGUAACAAAGGGACAAGAGGUAGCUGAGGAUGUCCGAGAACGAUGGGAGACAAGUGACCAUCCAGUAGUUCAGAAAAUUCAAGAUAUUAAUGAAACUAUUUUUGAAGAGACAGCUACUGCAGCAUCUUUCAGGGAAAUUCGGCGACGUGACCCAUCCUUUUCAUUAUCCGAUUUUAUUGGUGAUGUUCAAGAAAUGAUCAAGCCUGUUCUUACCGCAUAUUCAAAGGGUGAUCUGAAGACUUUAAAAAAGUACUGCACCAAGGAAAUACUUGAACGAUGCGAAGGUGAGAGGAAAGGAUAUGCAUCACAAGGCAUGUUUUUUGAUCACAAGAUUCUUCACAUAUCUGAUGCUGACGUAAGGGAAACAAAGAUGUUGGGAUCAGCACCCAUCAUUCUCGUGAUGUUCCGAACACAGGAGAUUCAUUGUAUUCGUGAUAAAGAAGGACAAGUAACAGAAGGAGGACAGGAUUCCAUUCGAACCGUCUACUAUCAAUGGGCAAUGCAACUCAUGGACAGCGAUGAGUUGCCAGAAGAAGAAUCAUACUACGCAGUUUGGCGGUUGCGUGAGAUGCAUCAACUUGGUGUCAAGGCCCUUAUAUAGAGUAGCUCUUCGCUCUUUCUUCGUUCGGAUUAGCCAUUGCCACUGGUGCAUUGCCGUUCGGAAUGGAAGAACCUAAAUGUUCCAAGUCUCACCGCCCGACAAACUAUGCAGGCAAUUUUCCAUAAGUUGUUUCUCUAGUUUUAAAUACUAAUGACAGCCAACCUCCCAGUUUCCUGUCCCGUUCUGUUUUGAUGAUGUGUAUCUAAUGUGUACGGCAUCCGUAAAAUCAGCUCCCCCUUUUAGCAAGUUACUAGAAGCCGAGAACGGCUGUAGUGCUCAGAUUGUUCUUGUUCUGAGUCGGAGAAGCCAGAGGCACCAAACAAAAAGUGCUGAUUACUCUUUCCACUGGCAAACAACGUUGCCGGUGAGCAAUAAUUUUUGAAGGGAAGGAACCACAUUUGAGUA